GUCUCUUUUGACGAGCGUCCUGCCCAUUCGGUUUGACGAUUUUUUUUGUAGCUUGUGAUCAGUAUCGAGUAACGUCGUGGACACACAAACGCGAAACAACAAAACGGAAUUUCGAAGCAGUACCUUGGUGCCUGUCGUCGUCGUUCAAUACACGAAACGACGGAAUCCGAUACCGGUAAUCGUGGAACGUUUGCACGGGAGAAGAUAGGCGCACUGGAAACGCGAUAGGGAGUCAGUGUCGGUUUCGUGUCGGUUCGUACGAGAGAAUAGAGUUUGAGAUCGGUGCCGAGGUAGAUUCUUUCCGGAACGUGUGAGAAAUUCAAACGGCACACACUGGUGGCGAUCGUUCGCGUCGCCGUGUCUCGAGAGCAAUUUUGUCCGGUAGAGAACGACGAACGGGUCUCUCUGUUGGAACACACAAUACGAAAUCGAACCGGUUCGCAGUCGUUAAUCGAACGGCACUGGAGUCGGUUAAGUGACACGGCGUGGGACAACAAAGAAGACAGAAGAAAAAGUUAGAGACAGAACAAUUUGCCGAAAAGGAAAUACGAGCGGCGUCGAGUCGGAUUUUAAAGCGGAGCCGCCGAAACGAGCACAACGGCCGCGACGGCGGGUCGGCUUGUACUGGUGGCCUGUAAGGACACCGUGAAGCUGACUGCCCGCCGUCUUCUUAACGAGCAACGUGACGAGGACAGAGGCGCAGUCACGUCUUCCACCGAGGAUAUCGUGGAGGGUAUCAGGCUCGAGGAGGUCGCGAUGAAGCAGGAGCCGGAGGAUGAGGAGGAUUGUUACCUCGAGGCGACCGACAUCCCGUCACCGUCGCCACCGUCAUCGGGCAGCCACCACGCGGGAUCUACGCAUCGCGUUCGCUCGCAUGCACGUAGCCUACGGGCUAUGACCAACCCCAGCGCUGUUUGGGCACACUUCGACUUGUGCGCGAACGAUCCUCUCCGUGCACAGUGCCGUAUCUGCGGGGCGGUCGUAGUCCGAGGUGGCGCGAAUCCUCGACAGUGCGGCACCACGAAUCUUCAUCGGCAUCUUAGGGUACAUCACGGUGGCAGACUCAUUGGCAGUCGUUAUCACGUAUUACAAUCAACAUUACAAGGAUCAUUACCACCAACAAUACCACCAUCAUUACAAUCAACGUCUCAGAGCAAUCCAAUUCGCAAGACUAUAAGGAUAGCUACACAGUCCGUGGUAAGGCCUAUGAGAAACAUUGCACCGGCACCAAUGCCACCACAACAACAGCUGCAGCACCAACGACAACCAAAGACUCUUGUGUUAAAGACAAUACCCUUAAAAGUAAAGCAAGUUGCACCGACAACUAUUAAAAUGCCACCUCGGCAAAUUCACCAAGGGUUACCUCAUAAUAUUGUGCAUCAACAACCGACAGAGGUUUGUUUGAGAUGGAACAGUUAUCACAGUAACAUGCAAAACAGUUUUCCAUCUCUAUUGGAUUCUGAGCAGUUCGUCGAUGUUACCCUAGCCUGCGAGGGUCGCUCGUUAAAGUGUCACAAAAUGAUACUAUCUUCGUGCAGCGAUUACCUCGCACAGUUGUUACGCGAGAACCCAUGUCAGCAUCCAAUUAUUUUAAUGAAAGAUCUUAAAUUCUGGGAAGUUGAAGCGCUAGUCAAAUUUAUGUAUCGUGGUGAAGUUAACGUUGCUCACGAUAAACUGCCACAGUUGUUAAUUGCAGCUGAGACGCUGCAAGUGAAAGGAUUAGCUGGCCCAAGUCCUUCUUCACAGAAUCCAAAACCUCCCCUGCUGAUUCCUCAAUCUAAGCUAGUAGCAACUCAACCACUUUCUCGACCCGCUUCAGAGACCAAAGAAAAAGCUUCCACUUCUGGAGUUUCAACACCAUCUAGUCCAAAACGCGCUCAGAAACGGCAAUAUUCAGAACCCAUCGAGCCGAAACCGUUCACAAAAAUACGCUUACAACGACCAGUCACACCCACAUCGCCUACUACCACAGUCAAAAUGGAACCGUUAGACAUACCUCUCAGUCCUACAAUAUUCCCUGAGAAUAAUGAGGAGGACAGUUCGACCCGCUCGAAUUUCGAAAAGCUUAUGAGUCUACAUGACGAGGACGACCCAGGUGGCAACGAAACAAUUGAUGGUGAAGGGGAAAUCAAUUUCUGCGAAAUACCUGAACCACCGGACAUAAACGAUAGCGAGGACCAAAUGGAAUUCGUACCUACAGACUUUUUAGAGCAGGAACAAGACAUAGUCGAGGAAACGGAAACAGCCUCUAUUAAAGAUAGCAAGGAAGAAGAGUCUAGGGAUUACAGUUCUGUUGAGCUUGAAGAUGGUGAACGGAGUGAAGUCGAAAAGGAUGAGCCCUCGGAAGAAAAGAAACCUGUUUAGUGGUAACAUCAUGAACUGAAUACUGUUUAAGGGGGUAUUCUCAUUGAUAAGCAAAAAGUAAUGCUCCUUUAGAAUCUCUUGUUGUGGGAGAGGGUGUAGGUAUUUCAGCCCGUGUCAUUAACCUUUAUAUUAUCUGGUCGGAAAUCAUUUCUUUCGAUGAAAAUGGAGUGCUCACAAGAACCACUGAGGUAUAAGUUAUAAAAAAAAGUCUUAACCCAACAAUUUCAAAUAAAU